AUUAAUUUCCAAAAUAGAACUUCGUAAAAAUUUUAGUAAAAAGUUAGAUUUUGGACUUUUAAAAUACAGUGAUAAUAAAAAUGCUCUUGUAAUUUUUACUCUGACACACAAUCAAGCUUUGUCACUUUCAGUCGUACCUUUUGAUAUUAGUUUCCUUAAAGAAGAAAAAUAUUUUGAAGAAAAAGACAUUCUAUUACAAUGCUUAGCUAAUGUACAAGAUAUUGUAAAUUUUCAUCAAAUGGAUGCUGUGGAUAAUUCAGAAUUAUUUCAAAAUAAGUCCGAUUCUCAUACCAUUUUAGGUAGUAAUAGAGGGGACACUGCUGCAUCUUUUUUGGAUUUUGAAAAUUAUCUUAAAGAAAUCUUGGGAAAACUGAACAAAAUAAAAUCGCAACUGCAAAACCUUUUUUACAUUAAUAGCGUUGUAUUAAAAGGAAAAACUAUUUUUAAAGGAAAUUUGAACGUUGAUAUGAUUACUGCUCCAAAUCUGUUUAUUUUUGUUUUAAAUAAUAUUCAGUGGGAGCCUGAUCAAUGGCUUUUAUAUUCGAAGCCCCAAAUUAUACAAGGCAAAGUUCUCGCAAAAAGUAUCCAAGCUGAUGAAAUUUUUCUUUCAUACCCUAACUUUAAAUUACUAUUACACAGUGGAAACCAAGAGUUGCAGGGAAACUUUACUUUUGAUACUUUGACUGCAAGUAGAGUAUAUUCCCAAAACGUUAACGAUAUUUUAUUAGAAAAUAUUUACAUAAUUAGUCGCACAAGUCUAGUGACUGGAAGAAAGCAAUUUUUAGAAAUUAGAACUACAAAUUUGAAAGCUGAAUUUAUUAACGGGGAAAAGCCAGCGAACUUUAUUAAAAGUUUGUAUAAUUCCAUUUUGAUUAAAAACAUUUCACUUCCGAAUGUACUGACUGCGAUUUAUACAACAAAUAUUAACGGAGUAUCGUUUCAAAACUUGUACAAUACUACGUUUCAAAAAGGGAAAACUAGAAGAAUUACUGGAAAUGUUAUUGUUCCAAAAGUCAAUGUUGAUCACGUUACUGCUGUCACUCUACUAGGAAAUAAAGUAGAAGAACUUUUUACCACAUCAACAGAACAGACUGUAGCUUCUUCGCUUCAAUUAAAAAAUGUUAACGCCAAUAAUUUGGAUGUAGUGCUCAUUAAUAAUAUCGAUUUCAAUUCAGAAGUUGCUACAUCUGAAAACAAUAGAAUAAAGGGCCCUAUAAGUAUAGACAAGAUAAAAAUUGAAAAUGAUUUGUUGGUUACUCACGAAAAUAAGAACGGAGAAAUGAAAUUUAAAAGCAGAGAGCAUAUAAUUGGUACUCGAGAAUCUGAUUUAUUACAAAUUUACGAUUCUAAGGUGAUAAUUAAAGGAAAUUUGUAUGUCCAAAGUUUGUUUAUUGGAAAUUCUACUCAAAUUUUAGUAAGGGAUGAUAAUUUUACUGAAAACGUUAUCAAUAAAUACUAUUGGUCAAAGAGUUUAAAUCAGGAAAUACCAGUUCACUUUGAAGCACUACACGGGGUUGCUACCACUUCCCUUACAACAGAUACCCUUAAUUCCAUUGCUGUUAAUACGUUUCUUCUAAAUAAUUUAGAUGACAAACCUGUAUCUAACUUUGUAUUCGAAAAUUUGACUAUCGUUGGAAGCAUUAAUUUUACAAAUCCAUCCAUACAAGUGAAACAAUUGAAGCAACUUGACAAAGAGAUUGUUCGAUCUUUUGGCCAGCAUGUCAUAAAAGGUAAAAAAGAAUUUUCAAAAAAACUUCGCAUAGGCAGCCUUACAACUAACUUUAUAAACAAUGUCAACUCGGAUUCUCUUAUUAAAGAUAAUUCGGAAAUAAUUGAUGACGAGAAAGUUUUUCAUCGUAUUAUAAUAACAGGAAACCUAACAGCUGAAUUAGCCCAUGUGGACACUAUAAACGGAAAAAAGCCAAGUAAAAUUGUUUUAAUUAACCAAGAGAACUUCGUAAAUCGAUUGAAUUUUAGUCAUAUUACAGUUAAAAAUCUUGAAAUAGUAAAGCACGACAACGAAGAUUUUAUAAAUUAUUGUUCACUUAUCAAUCAAAUUUACGAAACUAAUACUCUAAAGAAAUUAAUUGGAAAGAAUGGUUUCAUUGACAAAAUCGACGGCUUAAUAAAACUUAAUAAUUUGAAUAAAAAGUGGCUAAAGGAUUUUCUUUCAAUGCAAUCACCAUUACUGGCAAACAAAGUUCAAUUUUUGGGAACUGUUACAACUGACAAUAUACAGGUGGCUUCUAUUAAUCAUGUCGAUUUUGUUAAAUUAACUGAGCGGUUGUUUUAUAGAGGAUGGAGUCAAAAUAUUUCGGUCGCACACUCUUUUAGAAAACUUAAAAGUAGUAAUUUGUGGACGGAUGGUAUUAACAAAAUUAAAAUUGGAGAUCUUGUUAAUAUAAAAAGUAAAGAAGCGCAGAAACUACGUGUAGCAGAGGGUUUAAUUUUACAUUCUGUAAACUUUCAAAAGUCUGUUUUCGCCGACAGUUUACGAUGCGACAUCAUGAAAAUUAUUGAAUCUAUAAGAAAUCCAAUCGUACAAACUUGGAAAAAUGUCCGUGUAUUAGGCUUAACAACCCUGGCAGACGAAAAUUGUUUACUUGGAGAAAUAUUGAGAAAAAAUAUCGAAAUCGCAAAAAAUUAUGCAGUUUCUGGAGAGGUAAUUUUUAAUGGAAACAUUAAUGCUAAUAAUGUUUAUAUCAAAGGCAGUAUCAACGAGAUAAAUUUAUCACAUUUAAUUAAAGAUGCGCUGUAUAUUAAUGGAGACCAACAGGUUAUUUCGAGCAAAACAAUUUUUAAUUAUUUAUUUACAAGUGGGGCAACGAUAAUUGGAAUGCUAAAAGUUCCGCUAAUAAACAAUAUAGACGUUAGAGAACUCGACAAAAAAAUUGUGCGUCAGGCGCAACUCAAUAAAACAAUCAUUGAAGGAAAAAAAACAUUUUAUGAGGGUCUUCAAGUUGAUAUUAUUUCAGCUCGUCGCUUAUUCGAUGUGGAACCAAAAGUAUUCGUUAAUUUAAACGAUUUAAUGUUCAUUCCUAAUGUACGUUUUAAUUCGGUUUUUAUCCGCAACAACUUAGACAUUGAAUUUAUUAACAAUUUCAAUGUUACAUACACUUUAGAGAAACUUCUGAAAAAAUCUUCUGAUGAACAUCAAAGGGCAUACGGAAACUACUUUUUCGAAGACGUAUUAUUACUGGGUGAUUCAGUAAUUGAGGAAAUAAAUGGCGUUUUUUUAAAAGACUUGGUGAUUGAUGAAGGAAUACAAAAACUUGAUACACCAGUGAUUUUUACAGAUGUAGACGUUCACAGAAAAAUAAAUGUAGAUAGUAUUAAUAAACAUAGUCUCAAAGAAAUUUUUGAAAAGGUAUUGACACAGAAAAAUGGCAUACGAUUUGCAGAAAAUGUGGAAAUAUUUGCUCCAUCAUUUGCUGUCGGUAACAUCAACAGCGCUUAUAUAAAUGGAUAUUUAGUUGAGGAUUUCAAAAAACUUUUCGAAUACAGUAGGUCAGAAAUGAACUUGGAAAGCACUAAAUUAAAACUUAACGACACCAAAGAAGUUGUUCAAAAUACCAUAAAAAAAAUGAAUGUUAAUGUAGGUAAAUAUCUGUACAUUGAAAAUGCGAUAAAUUUGCAAUUAUCACUGCCCAGUGUAGAAACAGCAUACACAACGGUUGACGAUGGAUAUCUAAUGUUACACAUAACUGCAAAAGAAAGUGGUGAUGUUUGUGGAUUACCCGCCGAUUGUCCUUGCUCUAUACAGCACACUUUUCAAAUUUCGCCCCAUCUUUCCAUACAUCCUUUCCAUAUUGGUAGCUCCCAAAGAACCUUUUCUUACAGCGACGAAUAUAUAACGGUUAAUGUUAUAACAAAUGCAGUUAGCACAACAGAACGUUGCAGUCACGAACACCCUGAUAACGAGCUGACUCAUAUAACUUGGACGCGAAAGAAUUUUCUAAAUACUACUGGGUCUUCGUUUAUUUACCCCGAACCGAUUUUCGGAUACGUAUCAGGGGUAAAGUUUUUCACACAAGGAGAUAACGUUUAUGUCAUUUUAAGUCGAUACCACUUACUUAAAGGACAGAACAGUUUAAGAUGUUUAGUGUACAAGAUUUCCAGAGGAAAGGAACAGAUUUUGCUUAUUCAGAAAAUUGAGAGUAGUGGAGCCCCCGUUUUAGAUUUAUUUUAUUCAGCUCAAGGCGUUGUACUCAUAAUUUGUAAUACGCGGAACGACACUAUGUACAACAACGCUGGAAUAUAUCGUUUUGACGAAUCAUCUGAUAAGUUCAUAUUAUUACGAUUCAUACCAGGGACUGGUUGUUCUUCAGUUACUGCAGUAGUCGAAAGUAGUGACAGCUUAAUUGUGCUACAACAGAAUAACUUGCCUCUAGAAGUUUAUAAAUAUUCGCAUUUUUAUGAUAAUUACUACUUUUACCAAAGUUUUUUGUUAGAUUCUCCCGUAAUCAGCGUCUCAGCAUUUUAUUCCGGAGGUUUUGGUAUAAGCGAUGCAUUUUUAUGCAUCGUUACAGAAAAUGGACAUUUUUAUAUUUACUCAUUUCAAUAUAUUCAGGGCUGGAAAUUGGAAUCAAAAGGAGAGUUAGAGGGCCUACGGGCUCUUAUUCCAUUUGAAGUAAAUAACAAUAUCUACAUAUUCGCUCCAUCGGUGGCAUCUAGUUUUCUAUUAAAAGUUAUGAAACAUGGUAUUAAGUAAGUAUGAAAAAAGUUCAUGAAGUUCUUUAAUGUUUUUGUUGUAUAUAUACAGAGAAUAUACAAUAUAUUGUUUUUUUUUGUUUUUUAAAUAAUUUACAAUUGCAUGUAUUUUAUUGUAAUCUCCUUAAACUUAUCGGUUAGAAGCGUUUUGAAGGGGCUGCCACAUAAUUAAAACAAUAUUUUUCGUUUAUUCAAAAGUCCUGUAUACCAAGUACUUAACAAUUAAAUUAAACUGACUUCGAAAAUAUUUAGUUUUUGUUGUUGCUCAAAGUUGUCCCGCCAAGUUUUCAAAAUAGGGGAGUUUGAAUUUCACUAGAGGUGACCUAAAAAUAAAGGUUGUUAGUACUGAAGGUCUGUAUCAAAAUAUCUGUCAAGGCCUGUUUUGUGUCUGUCAAAAUGUCAAAAUUUUAAGUGAUUACGUGGUUAUUAAAUAAGUAUUUUACGUGUUUUAAACAUUUUAAAUGUGAAAA